UGUGUGUGUGUGUGUGUGUGCGUGCGUGCGUGUGUUUUGACUAAUGGGGAACUGAUCAUUGCGAAAUUUGAAUGGGUAAGUAACAUUUCAUUUCCACAUCAAGAGUUGGUAAAGGUUAACACUGUAAGAUUUUGUAUCGUAAGAAACAAUCUUUUUAUUACUUGCAUAAAAUAACGAAUCCUGGACCUCCUGAGCUCAAUGGAAGUCGUCAGGUAUUAUUAAAGCUGCUAACUGAAUGAAGUACUCUGCAUGGACAGUUUGCUAUUUGCUUUUUCUAAUGUUUUCCAUUGUGGGGAAUAUUCUGGUACAGCUUCAAACGGAUCCUCCUGCUAUUGAGGAAGCUCUUUGAAACGCUCAUCAAGACUGUGCUUUUCUUGGGUAAACACGGCCUCUGUCUGGGACACUUGAUGGGUACAGAUUAGGACGUAUUUCCUAAACUGUUGCCGCCCUCUCAAAGUUUAGCCCCGGCGAAACUCAACCCUGUGCCCUUUGGAGUAAGAGUGAGAGGAAUAGAAGCUGGUGUGCACAUUAAGCAUAACAUUCUGUUGGACACACUUUCUAUUUGUUCAAAUCUUCCUUUGGUUUUUAUUAUGGAGAAGACAGACAAGGACACAUCGAAACCGUAUGUUUUAAGGAUUAUCAGAGAAGGUCAUUGGAGCGGGAACCUGUAUCGGCUCAUAAACCUGGGACCAACCUUUGACCUGAAGAUUGGUUGGUUGUCUUACUAUGAGUCAUGAAUGAAUGACAAUAAGAUACAGUUUAGUUUCCUUUUUUAAUCAGAGAAGGCAGAGACGGACAGGCGGAUAAAUCUCCCGAUUUUCUAAAAAAAGCCAUAUCCAAGACGGCGCUGCAAUCAUGGGCGAAUGGGGCUUCCUCGGUGGCCUCUUUGACAGCCUCCAGGCCCACUCGACGAUGCUUGGUCGUUUCUGGCUCUUACUCAUGCUUGUUUUUCGGAUUCUGAUCCUGGGAACUGUCGCGACCGACCUGUUCGAAGAUGAGCAAGAGGAGUUUGCCUGCAACACCCUCCAGCCGGGCUGCAGACAGGUGUGCUACGACAUGGCCUUCCCCAUCUCCCAGUACAGAUUCUGGGUGUUUCACAUCGUCCUCAUUGCGACACCUUCCCUGGUUUUCCUCAUGUAUGUCAUGCAUCACAACAACAAGAGGAACACCCGCUCUAAAUCCCGCAAAAUUAGCAGCCAGGACUACAAGGAAGACCUCCAUUUAAGGAGGCUGUACAUUCUCAAUGUGGUUUUCCGCAUAUUGGCAGAAUUUGGCUUUCUAGUGGGCCAGUGGAUGCUGUACGGAUUCAAGGUGGAGGCCCAGUUCCCCUGCAGCCGCUUUCCUUGCCCUUACACAGUGGACUGCUUCACCUCCCGCCCUGCGGAGAAAACCAUCUUCCUCUGCUUCUACUUCACCGUGGGUGUGAUAUCAGCAAUCUCCAGCUGUGCCGAGCUUUUCUACAGCUCCUUAAAGUGGUUCUGCUCGAGACGGCCGGCCUUCACCCCGGAGCGCUCCUGCGUCUGCCAGAACCUCCAAAACAUCAAGAAUGAGGAGGAGGAGGAGGAGGAGGGGGCAGAGGAGAAGCCACGAGGAAGGACGGUGUCGGAGAGCGUGCUCGGCAGCACGAAGCCGAAAGGAGGAUCCCUGAGGAACAGCACGAGCAGGAAGGUCUCCGGCAUCGGCCACAAGCCCCGGGGAGGCAAAUAUGUGAGCACCAAGACAUUCAUGGUGUGAGGCGGCCUUGAUUCAAUCAUCUAUUUAUUUUUUUUGAUUUGUUUAUUUUAACAACAAAUAUAAAGUACAAUUUGGGAGAGUGCAGGCAUUAACUAAAAAAACAAGAAAAAAAACACAUCAGACGUAAAGGGGGGGACUUGAGAGAUUUUAUGUAUCUCAUCCACAUAGAUGUCAUUUAUGAUCCAUUUCAUUUGGUUUGAACCCUGGAUCAUAAGCACACCAUUGAAGUAUUUAGUUUAUGAUCUAGAUUAUAUUCUCCUCUUAUCAUGUUCCAGAUUUUUAGUUGGAAUUUGAUCCAGGGGUUUUGUAAAUUGUCUAAGUUUUCCCAAGUUGUUGUGGCCCAGUACUGCCUGAAUUGGGGGAUCAUUCAUAAUAGAGAGUUCAAUAUCUUUCUACCAGGCAUAUUAAAUUGGGGGUAUGGAUUAAUUUCGUUGCGGACUUUCUUCAUUUUUGUCAACAGAUUUGUCUUUUGUUCUCUGUUAUGUUGUUUCUCGAGAUCCUUUAAUUCUCCCAAGAUUUGGUAGUCCUAAUUGUUUUUCUUUCUUUUCAUGGGCACAGAAAGAUAUAAUGCUCCACCUGAUGACUGCUUUUAAGAUGUCCCAUACUAGAGCUGAAUCAACCUCCCUGUUAUCGUUUUCUUCCAGAAACAUUUGUAUUUCCUUUCUCAUUUGGGUCUUAGAUUCAAUGUGAAUGUUAAAGCGAUGUUCCUCAUGCCUCUUUGCUCUUUCACAAGAAUGUCACUGAUAAUGAGGAAAGGGGAUGUCGUGAUUGCAGACAUCAUAAGGAAAUGCCCGGGAGACUGUCGUAAGAACCGGAAAUGAGCAACGACAAAAGGAGAGCGACUGAUUUGUUUGGACUCUGAAUCAUUACAACCCAUAAAUCUGGAUUAUGCUUGAUACACUUGUGUAAAACUGACUGGGUCUUUGUUGAUAACUGGUUGUGUACCACGCCCCUCCUAACAGAUCCAUAGUGAACAUUGUGUUAUUAUUCCAGUGAUUUUGGACAGUGAAGUCAAAAUCUCUAGAUGAAAAUAACAGCUGGAAACGACUCGAUGGGCUCUCACAGGCUUAUGAUUGAAUGGAUGAAAAAACGGCACUUCAGAAUCUUUUGUGAGUCCAAUGACGUUUCAUCCAGAUGUUUUACUUUUUUUACUGAAUAUUAUAAAUGUUAAUUAUAUUUGCACUUCUAUGAGAGAUAUGUGUGCUUAUGUAUAUCAUGUUUUUUUUAAGUGCGCUGUAAAAAGUCGAGUGCAAACCAUGUAAGGCAGAAUGAGAUGAUUUGUCAUCUAUUAUUCCGAAACAAAGCUUUGUUGCAUGUUAAACAUGGAGCUACUUUUAUCUUUUUUAUUCCGCAUGUAGAAAAUUACAUUUUAUUCUCUCACUUAAAAUGUGAUUUUUAUAAAAGAAAAAAUUAAAUCACUCUGUACUUGUCCCAACCACAGAAAUAGGAUAUAGUCCUUAUCACUUGUGUUGGAUACUAAUCAAACCUGUCUCAUAUCAUGAAAAACAUUAAAAAUCCACUCCACUCAAAAA